UUACUCCAUCUUUACAUACAGGUACCAGAAGCUGAAUUGCUUCAGUUCAAGACACUUCUUAAAGGUCUUCUUGAACAAGUAUCUGGAGUAACUAAAUCAGUGAAAGGGAUCCAGAAGAAAGUAGAAGAUGGAGUUACAUCUACGGCUAAAGGGGUCAGCUUUUUAGAGGUUAAACAUCACUUGUUAUUAAGCUACAUAAUGGACCUGACCUACAUCAUGCUGCAGAAGGUCAAAGGUCGGUCCAUCAAUGGCGACCCUGCCGUCUUGCGUCUAGCUGAGAAUCGUACCGUCCUUGAGAAGAUGAGACCUAUUGAUCAGAAGCUUACAUAUCAGAUUGACAAACUGAUCAAGACUGCAACCACAGGUGUACCAGCAGCUAAUGAUCCAUUACGAUUCAAACCUAAUCCUGAUGGUCUCAUUAGUAAGUUACAAGAUGAGGGAGGAGAGGAAGAUAGUGAUGAAGAUGAAAAGAUUGAGAAAACCAAGAAAUAUGUUCCUCCCAAAGUUGCUGCUAUGUACUAUGAUGGUGAUGAGACACUGAAGGAGAGAAGGGAACGUCAACUAGAGAAAGCUAAGAAGAGAGCCCUCAGUAGUGAGAUGAUUAGAGAACUUAGAGCCGAGUACUAUGAUGGCCCUGAAGAAGUUCGGGAAUCUAGGAGUUUGCACAGGCUCAAGGAAGAUAAAGAAGCCAAAGAGAAAAAUGAGUUCGAAGAAGAGAAUUUCAUGAGAUUUCCUGUAACUAAGAAAGACAAGCAAAGGGAGCGUAAUUUGACGACCAUGGCAAGUCUAGAUGCUCUGACAAGGUUUGAUAACAUCAGUGUGCUAGAUAGAGACAUAGAUGGAGACAUGGAUGGACCACCAAGAAAGAAGGGAAAGAUGUCAAGCAUGCUUCGAAAGGCCAACAAGAGGAAAGCUGCGAAAGCAUUGAAGAGGAGGAAGAAAAAGUUUUAAUUUACUUUCUUGGUUGUCAUUGCAAAGAAUAUCAGAAUGAACAUUCUGGAUUAUAAUAUGUAGUUUUUGAUUUCAAUGUUCAGAUGAUAUUUAGGUGCUGAAUUGAAUGUAGAAAUAUAGAUGUAAUACACAAUGUUUAAUAUUUAACCGUAAAAAGAAGACUGGGGGGGGGGGGGCUGAUUCAGCUCCCCUUAUGUUCCCGGCUAUCGAUCACGACAAAAAUCGGCACGCACAUUGCCCAUGGCAUAAUCUACAAAUCUGUAUGAUUGAAUUCAUUGAAAAAUCUUAUUUCUAAUUAAUGAUGCUAAUUAAUGCAUAAAAAUCAAAAGUUUGCUCUAAGUAACUAAAUAAUGCCCCUAAAAAUUAAAAAAGUUUUUUUUUUGUUUUGUUCACCGACUCUUAAUAGGAUUCUGAUAAAAUGUACUUUAAAAUAAGUGUGCACCAGAUUUAUCCGGAAAAAUGUUGCGGGGGGAGGUGGAUAAAAAAGCCCCCCCAGUCUUAUUAGGGUUAAGUUUCAUUUCCUCAUUCUUUUGGUAAUUUCAUAUUUAAAAUCUAUUGAAAAAAGAAUACCUUUUAGAUUUUGUAUUUCUCCUCCACUUCAUUGGCAAUAGAUUGGUAAAACCAGAAAUUAAGCCAGGUGUCUUUAUAUACAUCUCAUGGUCUUGAAAUAAAUUUUUAAUAUCAAGUGCUGCAUUCAGGUAAAAAAAUGUAACUCUUCGAGAUGAGUGAAUGCAGUUGCAGUAAACACUGAUAUGGGAAAGUUUGUAAAACCAAGAUUGAUUGUCACUAUAUCAUUGCCGAUCGACAUCUGAUACAAUAAUACCCCUUUCAUAAACCCAAUCCUAAAUUCGGAGCGGGACCAGAGUUAUCCGCAUUAUUUUGAUGCUGCAAUUAUCCGCAUAAUAGCGGCGUCGUGACCAGAUUUUGACUUUAUGAACGCAUUUCCAAAGUAAUGCGGAUAAUUGCCAUGGUGCGUUCACAAAGGUUUACCCUUUUCCAACACAACCCCAUCGGAGGGGGCGUGUGCAGUUGCCAUGACAAUUAUCCACCUUUUUCAGGUCGGGCGCUCGUAAAAAAUAGUGCAGAUUAUUUUCGGAGUUUGUAAAAUGCAAUUUUUAUUGAAUUAUCCGCAUUACUCUUAGGCGGAUAAUUGGAGGAUGGGUUUGUGAAAGGGGUAUUACAUAAACUUAAUUAUGUUUUACAGAUGCAUAUCUUUUUUAUUUUGAAAUAAAUUGUAUUGCUUGUGCAUGUAUCUAG